AUGAAACACAGUCUGACGACUAUUGCACUCGGAGCAUUGCUCCUCUCCCAGUCUGUCCUCGCCGGCCUCUACUCCUCCAAGGACAAUGUCAUCGAUGUCACCCCCAAGAACUUCCAAGCCGAGGUCAUGGACUCCAACCAUGUUGUUAUGGUCGAGUUCUAUGCCCCUUGGUGCGGUCAUUGCAAAAACUUGGUCCCACAGUACAAGGCAGCGGCCAAAAACCUGAAAGGCAUUGCAAAGAUGGCCGCCAUCGACUGUGACGAUGACAAGAACAAGCCGCUCUGCUCCCAGUACGGCAUUCAAGGAUUCCCAACGAUCAAGAUUUUCCCAGCAAACAGGAAGGGAGGCGUAAAGUACCCCAAGGAUUAUCAGGGCGAGCGGUCUGCAAAGGCCAUUGUCAGCGAGCUCGUCAAGAUGCUCCCCAACGACGUCCAGCUCCUCUCUGCCAACCCUACCAGCGAUAAGAUUAUCAACAUUGACGAGUUUACCGCCGACACCAGCUCUCCACGCGCGGUGUUGUUCACGAAAAAGUUGACGACGAGCAACAUGUACAAGGGUCUGGCAACAGAGUUCAAGGACAGGAUGGUGGUCGCCGAGAUGCGCGCCCCUUCAGACGAUGUUCUCACCAAAUACAACAUCCAGAACCUCCCCACCUUGAUCGUCUUCCCCAAGGGCAGCCAGGAAUCGACCACCUUCUCUGGAGAGCUCAAACACGAGCCCAUCUCGGAGUUCUUGAGCAAGCACGCAGGAUCAGAAAAGAAGGGAGGCUCCGCCAAGGCUGGCUCCGCCAAGGCUGGCUCCGCCGACUCGUCAUCUACACCAGCUCCCAAGCCCGUGGUGGUCGAGUUCAACCCCAACAUUGACCAAGUCAAGACCCAGGAAGAGUUCAAGAAGCUCUGUCUCAACAAGGACCGUGGCAACUGCGCGAUUGCGUUCUUGAUUGUCGAGCCUGAGUAUGAGGAGUCGGUCAAGAUGCACGAGGAGAACUUGGAAACGUUGCGACAGGUCAAGAAGAAGUCUCAUGAGGCAGGAAAGGGUCUUGAUGUCAUGUGGAUGGAUGCCCUGGAUAAGCGUGUUGUGGCCUUGAAGGAGAAUUUCCGAGUCUCGGAGGAUAUCCCUGGCCUGCUGUUAAUUAACCCUGGAAGGAAGGCCUAUGUUCCCUUUAUUGGAGCGUUUGAUGUCAAGGGUAUCGAGGGCUGGCUCUCGGAUGCCACGAAUGGCCGUGCUCGUGCGGUCGCUUACAAUUUUGAGGCUACCCUUGACGCCAACAAGCAUGCCAAGGACGAGCUGUAA